GCGUGGCGUGCUCUGUCGCUUCCGCUUCUAUACGGAUGCCCGGUUUCGUGAGACGCGCAUCGUACACAACAAGCAGCCGGCCGUUUUCAAGUAUCACAAGCAGUUCACGCUGCCCAAGGCCACGCAAAAUCUCUUGAAUUACUUGCAAACCAAUGCCUUGGUAAUUGAAUUGUGGGGAGCUCAGGGCCAGGGCACUCCUAGCACGCCAGGCCGGGGAGCCUCGGCCCGCAGCCCCCAAGCCCCGCCCUUGUCGCCGCCAUCGGACUCUCGGGCAACGGAUGAAGAACUGGAUAAGAUAGUGGCCCACUCGGCCUGGACCGAGGAGCGGCGGCGCUUGCAGGACACAAUUCACAAGCAACAACAAGAGAUUGACUUUCUUCACAUUGAGAAGAGCGUCCUGGUUCGGGAAGCAACCCGGGCAAACAGUACGCUACGCUCCACGCUUGGCGAGGAUCUCAACGACCUAGGCGACUAUGACAUUGAUCUGACCGAGGCAGCCACGGCGUUUGUGCAGGCCGAACGGCGCCUCUUUGCUCGUCGCCAAUCCCUAACAGGGCAGGAACAAAACGGGAGUUUGCGCACCAGCGUCGAAAAUCUGCAUCGAGCGCAUCGUGAGGCUGGCCAGCGUCUGAUGGACAUGGUGCAGGCGGCUCUGAAGCGCGCUGAGGCGAGCCUCUCAUCGUGA